ACAUCCAAAAGACAAAACGUCUGACACAACCACCACUAAAACCAGCGCAAAGAUGAUGAGGCAUUCCCAAGCUCUCUCGCAGCUCGCCGUCCUCCUCCUCCUCUUCCUCCUCGUCUCAUCCAGCGCCGCUUCCACUCUAGACGACACCUGCAAGUCCGUCAGCGCGAGCAACAGGGACCUCGGCUACGACUACUGCGUCAAGUUCUUCAAGGCGUGCAAGGACAGCGCCACCGCGGACAAGCGCGGCCUGGCCGUCAUCGCCACGAAGAUCAUCCGAGCGGCAGCCGUGAACACCGGCAGGCGCAUCGCCACCAUCAAGGCCUCGCACGGGGACGACAGGAGGAUCCAGGGCCCGCUCGCCGACUGCGACGAGCUGUACUCGAGCGCCGUGGACCAGCUCGACGCGGCGGCGAGGGGCAUCUCGUCGGGGAAGUUCCAGGACGCCCUGACGAACCUCAGCGCCGCUGCGGACGCGCCACAGACCUGCGAGGAAGGGUUUCGCGAGCUGGGCGUGAGUUCGCCGCUGGCCGACGAGGACUCCAAGUUCAGUAAGGAGUGCUCCAUCGCUCUCGCUGUAACGAACACGUUGUAAGCGACAAAGUCUAUUAGUCAUUUGGAUCAAUAUAAAUAAUCCUGGAAUACAAUUUUAGACCAGAUAAACUCCGCAAUCACGUUUGGCCGCACUUUCCUUUGUUGUUCUAUAAAUUAUACUCCCUCUGUAAACAACUUCAGUGGAUUUUUAUUGUUCCUAAAUAAUGAUCUAAACGCUCUUAUAUUUAUUUA